CAGGUGGAAAUAUAUCCGGAAGUAGCGAUGCUCCUCAGCUCAAAGAUGGCGUCCUCCUCACAAAAGUGACAGUCAAACAGAAACGUGCAUGAUAAAUAUCUGCUGUCAAACGGGGCCACGAAGGGACAGCAUGAGAAACCUGCUAUUUACGUGUAUUUGCGCUCCUGACAACUAACAAAUCGCCUCUUACGGCCGGCAGAAUGGCAGCGGGUUUCACCGGAGCCGACGGCGACUCGUACACGGACAAUCUUAUCGGGACUUUACUUGCUAUUUUUGGAAAUGUGCUCGUCAGCAUCUCUUUAAAUAUUCAGAAAUACAGCCAUGUGGCAUUAGCAGGAGCCAAGGACUCACGAGCCUUCUACCGCACCAAAACCUGGUGGUGUGGCUUCGUCUUCACGUGUCUAGGAGAGGGAGCGAACUUUGUCUCCUAUGCCUUUGCCCCCAUCGCUCUGAUAGCUCCUCUGAAUGCUGUGUCCAUCUUAACAAGCUCAAUUUUGGGUCUUAUUUUUCUGCGAGAGAAAUCUAAGCCAAAGGAGUUUGCAAAGCGCUAUGGGCUGUGCUUCCUGGGCUGCAUCCUAACCAUAGGAGGAACCUACCUCUUCAUAACAUUUGGACCAAACGCUCAUGAGAAACUAAAUGCAGAGAACAUCGUGAAACACAUUGUGGGAUGGCCGGUGCUCUUGUAUCUGCUCCUGGAGAUCAUCACGUUCUGUCUGCUGUUGUACUUCUAUAAGCAGCGUAGUGCAAACUACCUCAUUAUUAUUCUGCUGCUGGCGUCUCUACUGGGCUCCGUCACAGUCAUCACAGUGAAGGCAGUGUCAGGCAUGCUGGUCCUCAGCGCUGAGGGCAUCAUGCAGCUCAACUACCCAAUCUUCUACGUCAUGUUUGUCUGCAUGGUGGCCUCAGUGGUCUUCCAAGCCAGAUUUCUCUCCCAAGCUUGUAAGCUGUAUGACUCCUGUCUAAUUGCAAGUGUCAACUACAUCGUCUCCACCUCCAUCGCCAUUGUAGCUGGAGCUAUUUUUUACUUGGAGUUUAACCAUGAAGAUGUUCUUCACAUCUGCAUGUUUCUCUUGGGAACUGCAGCCUGUUUCCUGGGAGUGUUCCUCAUCACCAAAAACAGGAAAAAGGCCAAGGCGUUUGAGCCCUACGUCACUAUGGACAUGACAAAUGGUAUUCCCACCAUUCACGACAAAGGCCUUGUUGUCCAGCCGGACUACAAUGGCUCUUUCUCCUACGGUGCUCUGGUCAACAACGAUGGUGUGGCUCCUGCUGCUCUGCCAUCCAACCAGGACCAGCCAGCAGUCACAGCCAGACCCACUUGUGCUUCUCACAGGCCGGCUGACCUGAAGAAGGAUUAGGGCUGAGCAUUUGUUUUUUUGUCCUUUCAUGAAUUCCACUGUUGGCAACAUUCAAGGACCUAAGAAGGCAAAGAUGGAGAUGUUCUUUCCUUUUUAGUAUAUUGCACAGCCUUAAAAAUGGGGAAAAGAUGUUCUAGGCUUUGUGUUGUCAACCACCCUCCUGCCCAGAGGGAUGUGUUCACUGGGUCACCAGUGUUUGAAGGUUCUCUCCUCCACCUCAUCCAAAACGACAGUCAUAAGCUUCCCUUCUUCAGAAAACAGCAGCCACAGUCCUGCUAUUCAUUCCAAAAAAAAGUAUAAAGGGACCCUUAACCUGUGGGACAUUACAGUGGCAUGGGUCACCUGGAUUCACACAGCUUCAUAAAUGUAAUGACACAUGAAGUGCUGUGCCUUUAAGCUCACUGCCUUUUCCUACUGUGAGAUGUAAGGAAAUUCCUUUGACUCUUCUGUUUUUAUUCUCACUCCCCCAUUAGUUGGAAAAUAGACUUUGUUGUUGUAUUAGUUAAAGGGUGUGAAGCUUCUUUCAAAUGACUUGCCAAUGAACAUUUUAACUUUCCAGCUAAUUCAAAUAUCUGCCUCUAACUCUGCUGCCUGCGGGCAGCCGUCACUCCACAAAAACAAUUCUGCCUCUGGUUUAUAGGAAGGUAUUAUUACUUUGGCAGAUGUGACCAAAGUGGAUGCAAUUGUUUUAUGGUAAUGUAAUUUAUUUAUUGAUUUUAAGGUUUGCUUUUAAUGUGCCUCAACAUGUAUCUUUACAAUGGAGAAAUUACUGUAAGGCCGUACAUAACCCAGGUUGGGGAGUAAUGCAUUACAUUAGCAGGACUACAGCAAUUUGAUUACGUAAAAUGGCAACUGAUAGCUGUUUGGGUUACUCAAACUGAAAAUAUUUCAAUCAUGAAAUCAUAAUUUUACAUAUCAGAUCAAAUUUAUUUAUAGAGGACAUCUAACAAUUAUGUAACCCAAAUAAUUUAAAAACAUGAAAAAGCAGACAGUAUUUUGGUCCAAGUAUAAACUAUAGUUAAGAGAGCAAUCAAAUAUUACUUAAGUAGAUUGUUCAUUUAACCUCAUUCUCUCUCACAAUUUGAUCCAGAAAUCAAAAGGUAAUGUUGCUAAAAUGGAAUAAUCCAUUGGAUUUUAUUUAGAUGCUCGUUUCAUUUUAAUAAUGUGUUGUAGUACGAUGCUUUUUGAAUGUAACCUCCCCGUCCCUGGGUGUAACCUCUAGCUGGAUCUAACAUUAGAAUAGGCUUAAAACACACUUUUUUUCAAUGUGUAUGUAUUGACAAUAAUAAUUCAAGAUGUAAAUUAUCACUGUAUUUAUUUAUUACGUAUCUAAAUGAUCUGUAAUGAAUGAAUGGCAGCACUGAUGGGAUACUUCAGCUCUGAUUAUGUGGUACUGCAUUUCCAAUCCUAAUAAAAUUACAGGGAACAACGUGGGCUGUAUGCCUCAGCACAGUA